GAAUUAGGAGGAUGGAGGAGAAAGAAGCGGUGAAAUACUUGAUAACCAUGGAUGGCUAGGGCUAGGUAGGAAGGAAAGAAGACUUGUUUGUGUCGGUGUCGAGUGAUACCAUCCAAUGUCUUUCUAUAUCUUCACAACUCUCUGUCGUUGACAUUCAUUCCUUCGCUUGUUGAGCAUUGUUAUUUCCAUAAAGAUCACUCGAACAUUAAUCACUUCGCCGUUUCUUUCUAUCAGUUUCGUCAACACCAACAAAACAUUAGAGCCGAGUUGUCGACUAUGACGGCAUCGCCAGAAGAAAAGACCGACCAGGUCGUCAACUCGAGUGACGAAAGCACUCACACUCAGUUCCCUUGUCCGAAAUAUUCAUGCUCUCAGCCAAUAGAGCUAUCACCACAGUCUUUUGCUUCGAGGGCUUGGGCAUACCUGAAUGAAGAUGUCCGUCCGUCACACUUUGCUGAGCUACAGCUUGUCUUGUUGACGUUUUGUAUUGGACUUCAAGUCUCCUUCCCCGACUUCCACGCCUUCGCCUCCAACCAAACCGGCAACACCGUCUUCCUAAUGCUCGCCAUCGCCCUGCCCGAAUUCAACCCCUCCAUGUUCAUCACCGCCAACAUCGGCUGCUCGCUCGGCUUCUUUUUGGGGAGUGCCUGGCUCACCGGCCAACUCGGCCACAUCAUCGGCCCUCGUCGUCGAUUAUGGCUGUUAGUUACCAACGCCAUCCAAACUUGUUUGGUGUUCAUCGCUGCUGGGUUGCAGUUCUCGUCAAAGCAUACCAACACGCCCGGCAAGGAUUUGUUUGCUAGUGGGAGUUUUGAGGAAGGGGAGUGGGAUGCGGUUACUGGUCCCCGCACACUCAUCUGCAUUGCCCUGCUGGCCAGUGCGGCGGGGAGUCAGGUGGUUUUGAGCAGGAGUCUGAACAUGACGGAGAUCACGACGGCGAUGGCGACGGCGGCGUGGUUGGAUUUGGUUAUUGAUAGGAACCUGUUUAGGGGACCGCUCAAGAAAAAUACGGGGCGGAAUAGACGGGUGGCGUUCCUGGCUGCGUUGGCGGUGGGGAGUCUUUGUGGUGCGUAUAUUUAUAGGGAGGUGGGGAGCGCGGUGGCGGUUACCAUCUCGGGGGGAGGGAAGGCGGUGGUGCUGGGGAUGUUUUUGGUUGCGCCGGGGGACAAGGGGAAGAAGGAGGAGAGGGAUGUGGAGAGGGGGGAUGUUAAUGAAAAGGAGGGUGCUGUUAAGGGGGAUGAAGGGAGUGGGAGUGGGAGUGAUGAGGAGGUGGAAAGGGGACGGGGGGUGGAGGCGGUUUAGGGGGCUGUUGAGAGAGUGGCUUGUCUUUGCUUUGGAUCAUGAGCGUUUGCAUGUAGAUGGAUGAUUGCGUGGAGUUUUGGCGUUGGGUUGGAUACCUAGUUUCUUCACUUGAACUUGAUCGAUACCUGGCAUUAAUGAAAACGAGCUGUUAGCGAGUGGUGUUUUGCUAACUGCUACCAUGCAGUGAUCAUAUGUCAACAGAAACGAAAAGGCAUACCUAGAAUGUAAAAUCACCGCCUGAUGAACACCGACUCUGAUACUAGGCUG